AUGAGGCUCUUCAGUCGAAACAAGAAGAAGGAUCGUUGUUCUAAUCUUGACUCUCCAGGGGGCUGCUUUCCAGUUUGGAGUUUCCGACUUGGACGCAAGAGGCCAAAGGAUGACGACCUUCAGAGCAUUUUGAGCGACCAUGCUGUGCAAAGUUCCGGUUCUCAGACAGUCCAAACAAACCAUAAUGCCAAGAACACCCUAGAGAGUCGUCACAAUGGAAAGCAAAGCGCUUCUGACGAACAGGCUCCCCAUUCCAGUGCUCCAACCGUGACCCUUUGGGACCAAGCUUACAGCGCCUUAGAGGCCAAGGAUCCUAAAUUGGUGAAAAACUUCGAAAGAUUACUGCUCGAAAAAGCAAGUGGCACGCAAGAGACUGAUCAGAAUGACGACGCUUCAACACCAUUGCCACGAGACCGACGACAAGAGAUUGCAGAGCUGGCUCAAAAAGGGGUGGAGCUAGUGGAAAGAACCAAGCCGAAAAUCACCAUAAAUAACCGUCAGAUAGACUUGCUGGAUAGUCUCGCAACAGUUGCCGCCGUCGCGGACUAUUCGAAAGGGUUCGUUGGAGAAGCAUUGAAGCCGAGCCCUCCAGCUUCCCUGGCCUGGGCCGCGGUGUGUCUAACUCUCCCACUUUUGACAAAUCCGCCCAAGGCAAAAGCGGCCAGAGAAGCCGGAUUCGAAAAGGUUACAUGGCUCAUGCAUCUUCAUCUGACCCUUGAGCCAACGAGCCUGGACCCGGAACUGUAUUCGAAGUUGCGGGGUCAAACCAUAGAUCUGGUCAAGGAAAGGAUUGUUUCUCUCUAUCAGGCCAUUUUGGAAUUCCAACUCAAAACAGUAGCUCGCUUGUACAAAAGUAGGUUUGCUGCCUACUUCCGGGAGGUGGCCUACGUCGACGACUGGGGCGGGAUGCUUGAAAUAGCCUGCAAGGCGGAAGAAGAGAUGCAGAGCGUGCUGACUCUACUUCGUCAAGAAGACACGCGAAAAAAUGUUGGCACCAUUGCCAAGUCGAUGGAGACUACAUCUCGUUUGCUGGAGGAUGUUGGCACCGAUGUGCGGCACAUGGGAGGGAGACUGAUCGAGCUGAAUGAACAAGCACAGAAGGCAAGAAUGUCGGACGAGGACAUACGCAUACGUGACGGGUUCUACCUUGGUGAUCGAGAGACCGGCGACUCUUACGAUUCGCACAGGGCACGACUCGAAAAGCGUGUACAGGGGACGUGCGAGUCGUUCCUGAACGACAGAAAGUUCACGAGCUGGCAGAGGCAGACGUCGGGCGUUAUUCUGGUCACUGCAGGACCUGGCCGCGGGAAAUCUGUUCUGGCAAAUUAUCUGGUCGACAACGUACUCCCCGAGCAAGGGGUUAUUUGUUAUUUCUUUUUCCAGAAGGGAGCAGGACAAACCAGUAUGCACCAAGCGCUCUGCGCCAUGAUCUAUCAACUCUUCGGCAAGAGGCCGCACCUCAUCCAUCACGCCGCAAAACAUUCCCAGCCGAAUGGUAAGGGAGCCGCUCUCCAGGAUUGGAUGCUAUGGGAGAUACUGGAGGGCGCCAUACACGAUCCGGAGGCUGGACAGGUCAUCAUGGUCGUGGAUGCCCUGGACGAGUGUGAUGAAUCAGAAUGUCCCGAUUUCCUGAGUCGUUUAAGGUCACUGUCGGGCGGAUAUCGACAAGAUGGGAGCCCAAAUGAGUGCAAGUGUCUCGUGACUGGACGGCCGUUUGCCCGGAUUGCAGACCCUUUCGAACACGAACAUGUGCUGCAGCUGGAGCCAACAGGCGAGGAGAUUGCCAUGGUCAUUCGCCAUCGCGUCCGAAUUCUCAGUCAAAAAGGGCGCCUGAGUCUGUCCAAAGAAGUGGAGGAGUACUUGGUCGAGCAGUUGUUGGCCAAGAAUUCUCAGCGGAACUAUCUCUGGGCUCAUCUCAUGAUGAAACUUUUUGAGGGACGAGCGACCGACACUUCGUUCUGGUUCCUCCGGGGAGGUAAGACGAAAGGGGCCAUCGACAAAGUUGUUGCUGAACUGCCUGACAGCGUCAAUGACGCAUAUGAACAGAUACUGGCUAGGAUUUAUUCAAAGCUGGAAGACUCACGGAACUUGGUGCGCAAGGUUUUGAGCAUCGUUCUAGCAGCAGAACGACCCCUGAACACAGCAGAAAUGCUCGUGGCCGUCCAAGUCGACAGCGUCAGCUCUGGGAGCAAGGAGGAGCUUGAUGGAAUGCUCGGAAACGGUGAAGAAGCGUUCAAGUCAACCCUCCAACAGCUUACUGGUUUCUUCGUGGAUGUUGAUGGAGAUGUUGUGUCGUUCAUCCAUCUGACCUGCCGCGAGUUUCUGCUUGAGAACCCAGAGUCAAUUUCAGAAGGAGCAGCCGCACCUGUCUCGUCUACCGAAUUCAAGUGGAAGAACUCAAUUCCCAUGGGACAAGCACAAGGUCUCCUGGCAAUGCAAUGCCUUUUAUGUAUUGGCCUCUUCAAGACCGCGACGCAGCCUGCUCGGCUCUUGUUGACGUAUACUCCAUCUUCUGGGCCAGCCAAAUUGAACGAGCCUGACGAGCUUAACGAACCUCACGAACCUCACGAACCUCACGAACCUCACGAACCUCACGAACCUGACGAGCCUGGUAAACCUGGUGAAUCUGACGAACCUGAAGACGCACUGCCGGCGCCUUUCACAAAGUUUGGGACAUAUUCAGCAAGAUAUUGGCCAGCUCAUUAUGCCGCUGCUACUGUUGAUUCUAAGGGAUCAUCGUUAGGGCCUCGGGUGUCUGAAAUUUGCGACCUGGGAUCAACAGCCUACAAGGCAUGGGAAAAGCUCUGCGCCACAGGGAAACUUGUGCCACCGUUGCACCAAGCUUCGCAGGGCGGUCAUACUGAAGUGAUGCGGCUGCUACUCGAGAAUGGUGCCGACAGUGACCACAAGGACGACCGGCUGAAGCAAACACCAUUGAUUCAUGCUUCCAUUGGAGGUCAUGUGGCAGCAGUCCAGCUGUUGCUUGAGCAUGGCGCCAACAUGGCCAUCACUGAUCGAUGGGGCCGGACAGCCCUUCUCUGGGCCGUCACAGCGAGAAGAGACGAUAUCCUAAAUGCACAGCUCGCCAAGGUGGCCAGCUUGAAAGGACCUGCACGAGGCAACAUCCUAAACCCAGUCCUGUUCCGCGUAGCCGGCCAGGGUCGCACACACGUUCUCAACUGGUUGCUCAAGGCCGGCGCUAAGUUGGAUGUCCAGGAUCAACUGGGCUACACCAUCCUCCACCAAGCUGCUGCCCAAGGACAGCACGUAAUGGUAGAAUACCUGCUUGGUCUCAAGUUUGAUAAAGACGCGAAAGACAUUCACGGUAAUACCCCCCUUCUAUUAGCGGCGACAAGCGGUCAACUCGAGGUUGUAAAGCGGUUGGCAGAUGCGAGCAACAUUGAUUCCAAAAAUGACUUUGGCGACACGGCUCUAUCUUUAGCGGCGGCAAAUGAUAUGCACUCGGUUGUGAAAUUCCUACUUGUUCAAUUUGAAUCAUUGACCGAUCCUGAUUCAGAAAAUCUGAACGGCGAGACUCCUUUAUUGCUUGCUGCAGCCAAUGGUUGCUUCAAGGCGGUAAGGUUCUUACUUGGUCAUUCCAAAGCAAAUAUCAACGCAAGAGACAGCAACGGCAAUACACCCCUAGCAAGAGCUGCUCAAAAUGGCCAUUGCCAUGUGGUGAGUCUACUGGUGGAACGAGAGGAUGUUCUUCUCGAGACGAGAAACGACCUCGGCAUGACACCUCUAGCAUUGGCCGCUCAUCACGACCACGAAGCAGUCGUGGACCAGCUACUGAAGCGCGGGGCAGAUUUGGAAACCAGAGACGACAACGAGGAAACGCCUUUGGCAAGUGCGGCAACAAAGGGGGCUUUGAACAGGGUGCGGAUGCUUCUUGACAAAGGGGCCAACCUCCACGCAGAAGUAACUCCAGGCAUGCCUAUUUUGUUAGUGGCCAUACAAAACGGUCAAGACGACGCCGUGCGAAUCCUUCUCGAGGGAGCAGCCAAGCUUAACCCGAGCAAGCCUCUCCCUACAGGCAUAGGAGGCCGGGCGCUGUGUCACGCGGUUGUGCGUGACCGGCUACAAAUCGUAGCUCAGCUACUCGAUCAUGGUGUGCCGGUCGAUGCAAGGGACGACAUUGGUCACACCGCUCUGUUAACAGCCACCGCAGGCGGAAGGCGCGACAUUGUUUGGUUCUUAAUUAUCCGUGGAGCGGAUGUCAAUGCGAAGGACAGGAAAGGACAAACCACCGCGAUGCUUGCUGAGGAGUUCAAGCGAACGGGAGUCAUUGAAGUCCUAAACAUGAAUCACUCCGCAGACCAGUUUCGAAACAAAUUUAAAAAGGUAGGCGAUUACUAUGAGGUGACAUACUAA